GGAUAUUGAUUUAUUGCUGAGAAAAAUUUUCUCUUUAGGAAUUCUGGACCAGGAAGUUCCACGUGGCACUGAGCAUGGAUAAGAUACAGCAGAUGCACCCGGCGUGACCCUUCUGGACCAGGUAUUCGGCCUAAUGGCAGCCCGGGCCCAAGUGGUGAUGGCUUCUGUCCUGGUUUAUUUGAUCCCGCUUCCUGGAGCCAGAUGCGAGGAGAACUGUGUCAACGCUGAACAUUGCCUGUCCACCGACUGGGUGCAUCUCUGGUAUAUAUGGUUGCUGGUGGUGGUUGGCGCGCUGCUUCUCCUGUGCGGCCUGACUUCAGUAUGCUUCCGCUGCUGUCUGAGCCGCCCGGAAAAUGGGGAAGAUGGGGCCCCAUCACCGUAUGAAGUGACUGUCAUUGCUUUUGACCACGACAGCACUCUGCAGAGUACCAUCACAUCCCUUCAGUCUGUGUUUGGCCCUGCAGCUCGGAGAAUACUGGCCGUGACCCACGCACACAGCAACCUGGGCCAGCUGCACUCCUCUCUGGACACACUUCCAGGCUAUGAGGAAGCUCUUGGCAUGAGCCGUUUCACAGUGGCAAGGUGUGGGCAGAAAGCACCUGACUUACCCUCAGUACCAGAAGAAAAGCAGCUGCCUCCCCCAGGGAAGGACUCUUCUCAGACAGAACUCCCACCACAAUGAUGGGAAUGUUGAUGGUAUUCCAAGUAUCCAAGACAUCCUUAGAGUUGGGAAAGAUCCCCAGAUAUGUAGAAUGUUUUCUUUUGUACCACCCAGAAAGUUCAGGAUACCACCUGGACAUUGGUGUGUCAGCAAGAUAGGUUCUCACUCUUCAUUUACAACAAUAUAUUUUUUCUAAUACACAAUUGGAAUUCUAACUUCUUAUCCAAUGGUCAAAAUUUGCAACUCACCUUUAGCUAUAUUGAUUACUACCAAAGCAGGGGAGCAUUAAGGUGUCUUGAAUUCCUUCAACUAUGGCGUGCAUAUAAAGUUCCUUUAACCCAGAUGAUACCGCAAAUUGCUCUUCUCUCUGCUUGACUGUGGUAACCUUGAAGGGAAACACAAUGCAAGCAUAACCAUUGAUGUUAGUGCACCAAACACAUGCAUCUGUUCUUCUAGGGAGCAACCACCAUUAUGCUGAACAAUGAUGGCCACUUACACAUCAUAUAAUACCAACCUGGACUUGUAGAUUACAGGGCUGGGGGUGCUGGUAAGAGUGGAGAGACUAUAAUAUAGUGUGUGCCACAUGUCAAAACCUUUCUAUCACUUUGGCCCUACACAAAGUGUGAAACAUGGCAUAGAGAACAGUAAUGGUUCUAGAAACUCUUUAGAGCCUUGUCCUGAAAACACUGGUACACACACACACACACACACACACACACACACACACACACACACACACACACACACACACAGGCGUGUACACAUGCUCUUUUUAGACUCUGAAGGAAAGCAUUGCUUUGCUUCUUUCCUUCCUGUUUUCAGCAUGUAAAGUCUUCACCCUGUGAAAUUUAGACUCACACUGGGCUCUAGAGGUGGUCCUUACUGCCACCUAGUGGAGCUAUGGCUGAUAAUGCAUCCCUUUCAUUGAGCUCUACACCUCUCCAAUUCUCAAAGUACUAAACGCUACCUUAAGCCUGGAACCUGCUGAGUGAGUAGUGUCAAGCUAUCCUGGUCACAUACUACCUUCUAAAAUAUUAUCAUUGCAAUCAAAGAAGUGAGAUGUACCCUGGGAAAGCUACUGAGAAAAGUUACUGAAAUCUUGGAAGGAUUUUCUCAUCUGUAAAUUACACAUGAUUGUGCACAAAAAAGAACACAAACACCCAAGGCGUGAUUUGUAAAGUGUGUGUGUUACUUCUUAUUAUUUUUCCUGUUGUCACCCACUCUUCAGUGCCCUGCAGUGACUCCACUGAGAAUUAUGUUCUGCUUUGUCCCUUCUUCCUGUCUGCUGUGUUACUGUAAAGUCAUACCUAAAGUGACUUUAUUUUAUCAAUAAAAAUGUCUUGAUUGAGAUAAA